CUUGUGUGUCUAUCUGCCUAUAUAUAACAGCAGCCAAUAACAUGAAAACCUCGAACUUUCUUCUAUAACUCCCAAGAACAAGAACAAUAAGCUCCCCUAGGUUCCUAUAGAACAAACAUAUUCUUCUUGGAAGGCAAGGAACAUGAACCAACAAGAAGCCGCGAGUACACUUGGACUUGAUUUGAAACUAAAUAUACUGGAUUCAUCUUUGCCCAGAGAGAGCUCAUCUUCAUCCUUAUGCUCGGAGGAAGCUGAAGUUGGAGGAGGAGAGGCUGUGGUUGUUGGUUGUACUAACUGCAUCAUGUACAUCAUCAUGUCUUUGGAGAGUAACCCUAGGUGCCCUAGAUGCAACAGCCAAGUUUUGCUUGAUUUUCUCACAGAAAAAUGUAGCAAGAAGAGUAGUAAUUAAGAAAAUGCCAAUUAAGAAUGUCCUUUCCUUCUUAUUUUCUUUUCUUGUUUUGUUGUCAUAUAUAUUGAUAGUUAAAAUUAUACGACGCCCGCAUGUGUUCAUAUGACACACACAUAUAUAGACACAUUUGUUUAGUGCGAUGAAUAUUACA